AUCAUUAAUGAAGGCCUCUGAUUGGUCGAAUACCUGAGGAGAAGCGGACCUAGUGUAAAGGUCAGAGGUCAUAGAGACGCUGAUCAGCUAACAUGCUAACACUGCAGUGUUCCCUGGAGCAUCUGGAGCGGCUAACUGCUGCUGCGUUUCCGGCAAUUAAACUUUCUCUUCCUGUUUUUUAUUCACGUCACAGCUACAAACCUUCUCCAGUGUAUCCGCUCAGAGUGAGACCUCCUGUGUUCCUUCUCUCUCUGGGACUCACUGACCGACGGACGCAGCCUCGGCCGCUCUCACCCCGCACAUCGAAGCUGAUCAAUCGAUACCGGAUCGAUCGACUGUGACGUCGCGGUCUAUCAGAACCGGCGCGUGGUCUGCAGCGAGUGAUGACAUCAUUGCGUGAGAGUCCCGAUCCUUCCCUCGUCAGCUGAUCGAUCAUUUAUCAGGUUCCCCCACUGCUCCUGUUGCUCCUGGUCCCAUCCAGGAUGCUGCCAGCCUCCAUCCAGAUCACAGGGGAGCAACUAUCGGCGGCCGAGGUUCAGGACAUCUGCGAGAGUCUGAAGGAGGACAGCGUGCGUCUACUGUCCAUCCGAGGCUGCCAGCUCUCCGAUCGUGACUUUGGACGAAUCUGUCGCAGCGUUGCUGAGUCACGCUCGCUCGCUCAGCUCAACCUUAAUCUGGGUGUGGUCUCCAGCAUCAGCAGAACCCGACACCUAGCUGAUGCCAUGAGCACCAACCGAUCCCUGCAGACCCUGUUUCUCCAUGGCAGCCCGCUCUUGGAUGCUGGCCUGGUGACCCUGAACUCGGCGCUGUCGACCCACCCGGCCCUGGUCUGUUUGGAUCUAGGAGACUGCAUGCUAGGAGAUGAGGCGCUGGGUCUGAUCUGCGGGAUGCUGCCCCCUGAUGGAGCAAAGUCAGGUAACAAACACCACCUGGUACCAUCUCCCACAACAUCUGUGUGUGUGUGUGUGUGUGUGNCUGUGGCUCACAGCUCUCAGCUCCGAGUACUCAACCUGGACUACAACCUGCUGGGUGAUCAGAUCGCUGGGAUGUUGGCAGUUGCUGUGGCGUCCAGCAGAACCCUGGAGGUGUUGGACCUGGAGGGAACCGGACUGACCAACCAAUCAGCACAGGUUUUCCUCGACAUGGUGGAGAACUACCCAACCUGCCUGCGGGUUCUGGUUCUGGCAGAGAACGACAUCAGUGCGGAGCUGCAGCAGCAGAUCUGCGACCUCCUCUCUGAGGGAGACGAUGACAGAGAGGCCCCGCCCUUCGUAAUAGGCGCCAACCCAAGCAGUGCCCUGAUGUCAAUCAGAGACAAGUACCAACCAAUCAGAGACAAGUACCAGCCCCCCACCUGGCUCCCCCACAGCAACUCCAGCCCGGAGAUGGUCCUCCUGACAUCAGGUUUAGGUGAGAGCUUAUUGGACGAGACUGAGAUGUGACCCCUCCACAGACACACCCACUUCCUGUUUUCACUUGGUUUGAUUUGUUUGUAGUUUUGGGGUUUGAAUGUUUGUUUCUGCACUGCACUUCUCCGGGUUGUCAGAUCAUAUGAUCACUAGCAGCCAAUCACAUGCCACUGCAUGGUUUGAUGUAGCACCUGUACGUAGACGAGCAGCGGCACCAAAACUCAAUGCAUCAAAUGACUUCACCUGUGAUCAGGCUCCGCCCACAAAUGCUACCUGCGGGAGCUCAGGCUAAAAAAUCCUCCGACCAUCUGUUGUCUGAGUCAUCUGUCUCUCUCCAGCUCCUCCUAGUGGAGAACAGGUAUUUGCUCUCAGGGCUGAUGGGAAAUGUAGUCCAUGCAGAGCCUGAACCUUCAGGAUGUGACCUAAACAGCUGACUGAACUUAAAUAUGAAGUUUGACUGUUUAAAGUCAAAAGGACGACAAUGCUCAUCGGUGUCUUUGAUGAAGAUUUUGUCAACUGGAGUUUCUGCAGGUAAACAGAAACCGAAUGUUUCUGAUGAAUGUAUCUUCUGUUUGUUCUGC